GAGGAGAGAGAGAGAAAGGGAGUGUACACAAGUGUGAGUGUGUGUGUGUGGGAGAGAGAGAGGGAGAGAGAGAGAUGUGGGGUGUGUCUUCAACAAUUAGUUCCUCAAGGAAGUACAACUGAAAUUAUCUUGAAACAGAGUGACGAGCACUGACUGGAGAGGCACGGAGGAUUUCUGUUUGUUUUUCACCCAGUCAAAACUUGGGAUUCUAUUGAUCCAGCGCUUCAUGUUGACCACCUGAGCCACGUGCAGAACUGAGGGAGACAUCUGACCGAGAGGAGGGAGGGGAACCACAGAGAAACAGCAAUGGAGUCUUUUAGCUCCAAGGACAUGGCCAUGAAGGCCCAGAAGAAAAUCCUCAGCCAAAUGGCCAGUAAGUCUGUGGUGCAGAUGUUCAUCGACGACACCAGCAGUGAGAUCCUGGAUGAGCUCUACCGUGUCUCAAAGCAGUACACUGGGAACAAGACAGAGUCCCAGAAGGUCAUCAAGGACCUGAUCAAGAUCGCUGUGAAGAUUGGAGUACUCUUCCGCCACAACCGCUUCACUCCAGAAGAGCUGAGUCUCGCCCAGAACUUUAAGAAGAAGCUGCACCAAGGUGCCAUGACUGCUAUAAGCUUCUAUGAGGUGGACUUCACCUUUGAGUGUAGUGUGAUUUCGGAGAUCCUGACUGACUGCCGGGAUAUUCUCCUGAGGCUCGUGGAGAAGCACCUCACACCCAAGUCCCAGAUGCGCAUCACCCACGUCUUCAACCACUACUCUGAGCAUGAACUGCUGACAGAACUUUACAAACAUAAUGGCCCUUACAAACCCCACCUCACAAACAUCUGCAAUGGCCUAAACAAACUGUUGGAAGAGGGCAAGUUAUGAGAGUGCCAGAUCACAAAAUGACUUUUCUCAUGAGGCAGGUUUGCAUGCAACAGCUGUGCACUGAAACAGACAAAGUUGCAUCAAGACAAACAUCCUUACUCGCAUUACCAACUAUGACAACAGGGCCCAGUUUGUGUAUGUACCAUGGCCUUGUGUGUAAAAUAAUGUAUGUACAUAUUACAUAUUCAAUAUCAAAUCUAACUCCUUAAAUAAUUAUCAACAAAGGUCAUUAUCUGAAGACAAACUGUCUAAGCUUAAGUUUUAAACAUCAUUUGUUGGGUUUUCUUUUUUUCUUUUUUUUGGCUCAGUCUUUGUUCACAGUGGAAUCUCCGUCCUCCAUGUAUCACACUGAGGCCAUUUACAAUUAGAUCAUGAAAUACAAAUUAUUGUGUUCCUUCCUAAA